CGUCACCGUUGCUCGGUGCGGUACCGACGGCGGCGGGACUUUCACGCUGUGUUUCCCUGUGUGCGGGACGGAAGUGCGGGUCGAGGAGGAGCUCACCCGGGUGACACACCGUUCUGAAAUAACGCUCUGAAUCUCCGGUGUGUUUGUAGUCCUGCGAUGUGCUCCCUGGCGCUGUUCCCACCCCCGCUGCCCGACGGACAGGUGACGCUGUGCGAGUCCAACAACGAGCUCAUCUCCGGCGCCUCGCUGGACAGCCCGCAGAAACAGGAGUGGGACCCCCCUGCGCUGCUGUUUCCUCGCGACGCUCUGAAGUCACACAGUCGGCUGGAGAGCAGCAGCAGAGCAGCUUUCCUACAGCACAGAGACACGCUGUGGAUGAGGAGCGCUGGAGCCUGGCGAGAUGCUGGUCUCUCUGGGUUACUGAAUGAAAUUGCCAGCUCCAGUGAGGGAGAGAUCCCCAGGUGGCUAACUGUAGGUGCUCGUUUCACCCUGGCUCUGCUGCGCUGGGCCUCCUCCUUCCAUGGAUACCUGUUCCCACACCUCACACUAAGCAAUGAGGACAUGGUAGCCGAGUUCUCUCAGGUGCUGGACUGGUCAGACUGUGCGGUUCGGGGCUUUGCCUGGCACCCUCACACAGACAGGUUUGCUGUGGCUCUGCUGGACGACUCCAUCCGAGUCUACAAUGCAAAGAGCUCCAUCACUCCGACGCUGAAACACCGGCUGCAGCAGGGUGUAGCUGCUCUGCAGUGGAAGCCUCUCUGUGCCUCUGCUCUGGCUGUAGCCUGCAGGAGCAGCGUGCUGGUGUGGCAUGUAGACCCCACCUCCCUGUCCACCAGGCCGUCGUCCGGCUGCGCGCAGGUGCUUUCCCACCCAGGCCACGCCCCCGUCACCUCGGUCGCCUGGUCCCCCAGCGGCUCUGUGCUCAUUUCUGCCUCCCCCGUGGACACCGCCAUGAUGGUGUGGGACGUGGCGGCAGAGAGCUGUGUUCCGCUGCAGCGUGUGGGAGGGGGCGGAGUCAGCUUCCUGGCCUGGGCACCGGAUGGGAGCCGCGUGCUGGCGGCCACGCCCUCCUCGCUCUUCAGGGUUUGGGAGACAAGGAUGUGGACAUGUGAGAGGUGGCCCUGUCUGAAAGGUCGCUGUCAGACGGGCUGUUGGAGUCCAGACGGGAGUCGCCUGCUCUUCAGUGUGCAGGGAGAGACAGUCAUUUAUGCGCUGACCUUCCCCGACGCCCCAGGGGAGCCUCGGGGUCGGUCUGGGGGGUCGAAGGCUGCAGCUGUGGUGGCAGAUCUGUCAGAGACGAGCUUCAGCAGCCCGCAGGGAGAGCUCAGAGUUGGUGGGGAGGUGCACUCGCUUGCCUGGGAUCCUCGGGGAGAGCGCCUGGCUGUGCUCCUGAAAGGUGACCCCCCGGCUCGCCCCGCUGUGAUUGCUGUGUUUAAGACCCGUUCCAGCCCCAUCUUUGAGCUUCUGCCCUGUGGUUUUGUUAAAGGUGAGGCAGGUGCUGAGCCCAGGCUGAUACAGUUCCAUCCUCACUUCUCCGGUGGAGCGCUGCUCACGGUGUGCUGGUCUAACGGCCGCAUCUCCCAUGUGCCCUUCUACUUUGUGAGCUCGAGGGGGGUGCGGCUCGGCCAGGCGGGCGGUCCCCCCGCUCCCCCCUCUCUGGGAGGGACGCUGGACGAUGCAGAGAGAUACCUGUACAGCGAGUUGAGCUCAUGAUGCCAGACGUCACGCCCACACGUCAGCCAGCCUCGAACGCCAUCAGUGUGCACAGUUAACAAUAAAAAGCUAUUCUGCCGCAUUUCGCUGUUCUUUUCUGCGUGGUUUUUGCGCAGCAGUGACACUUGCAGGGUGUGACUGUGGUGUGACAUGGUGAAGAGGUGCAUGCUGGGAAACUGGACGCAGGCAGUGAGGGGGGAAUCACCACAGAAGUGAUGAAAUGAGGGAAACACAGAUGUGCCCCUGCUGGCGUUUGUGUAAAAGUCUAAUUUCUGAGAUCGACACUCACUUCCCAGAAUUCCUCUCUGUUGUCGCUGGGGCUCUGUCCCAUUGUAACAUGCCUGAGAAAUAACCGUCAUU